AUGUCCAAGGCUCGAGGUGCUGGAGGCGUCGACCAGAUCGUGAAGCUGAUCGUGGGAGCUGGACAGGCUAGUCCCAGUCCUCCUGUUGGUCCUGCUCUGGGUUCCAAAGGUGUCAAGUCGAUGGACUUUUGCAAGGAGUUCAAUGCUCGAACCGCACAUAUCAUCACCGGCACACCAACUCCCUGCCGAGUCACCGUGCGCCCCGAUCGAUCAUUCAUCUUCGACGUCCGAACACCGCAAACCUCAUGGCUCCUCCUCAACGCCGUUGAAGCACCUUUGUCGAAGAAGGGCAAGCGAAAGGGUGCCAGCAAACCAGGUCACGAGACAGUUGGAACCAUUUCACUCAAGCACGUUUACGAGAUCGCAAAGAUCAAGCAGUCUGAGCUCCGACUUUCGGGUCUGUCCCUGGAAGGUCUUUGCAGAGCGGUCAUUUUCCAGGCGAAGUCGAUAGGAAUCAAUGUGGUGGCUUGA